AUGGCGUGGGUGAAAUCCGGUAUGCAGGCGCUGAUACCUGCCAGUCAGCAGGGUUCCGGAGUGGAUGCAUUUACACAACUCGGCACCAAUGUCGGUUUCGACUUGCCCCAAAUUGCCGUCGUUGGUGGCCAGAGUGCCGACGGCCAUUACCCACAAUUGAUACAAGAUCGCAAUGAAUAUGCCGAAUUUCUGCACAAGAGAAGGGACACAUACAGAUCGUGUGACCAGGUGAACAAGGGGAUCUCACCGAUGACGGUACAUCUCCGAGUCCACUCACCAAAUGUCCUAAUUUUGACGUUGAUCGACUUGCCUGGAUUGACCAAGGUGCCCGUCGGUGACCAACCAGCGGAUAUCGAGCAACAGAUCCCG